AACUCCGAGAUACUGACGAGAAUAGGAAGGAGCAAUUUCUAUCGGACUAUACAAUUCAAGAUGAAGGGAAUCUUGUUUUAGUUCUUUGGUUACGUAGGGUGGUCUGGUCAACAAGGACAAACCAAUUAAACUGACACAGGAACAGUAGAAAUUGUUGACCCGGAUACCAUGGAUACCAAUGAGGAUCUUUCCCUUCCUUUAACAGUGUAUGGUUCUGAUGUUGAGCUGACCUCUGAACCCGAUAUGAUAACAUUAGAUAAUGACAAGGAUGUACUGAGGGCAAAGAUGCCUUCUGAACCACUCACAGCUUACUGCAGAAGUCUACUCCCAAGUGGAAAAAACGAGUUUAGAUGCCCGCAUAUGGAUCCAUCUUAUUGUGGUCGAAUUUGGAAAUUCUACACAGUAAAUAAGUUAGCAGUUCUUACAACAAAAGAAACAAAGAAAUUUGAGACAAAAAUUGCGAUGAAUUUCCCGAGAAAAGCUGUUGGAAUUCAGGAAUGUCCCAGAUGCCAAUCAUAAUGUGGGAGGAUGGAUAGGACGGACGUGCGCGUAAUCUGUCCUGUUUGUUCGAGAAA